UAUAGGGUGGGGAUAGAUAUGUCAGUGUGAAAAUGUUUAUGUCAAAGUUGUAUCUUCAACUUUGUACAUUUCUAGAAUAUAUGUGUAGAUUUUAUAAUAAGAAUUGUAAUGUUAAAAGAUGUGUUGGAAAUGUGUAGUUUCUAAUAAACGUUUUUAAGUAUGAUAGUUAUUAAGUGAUCAAAAUGGCUUCUGGUGAUACAAUUGAAACUAUAACAGAAGUGUAUGAAACUUCUUUUAACAACUUAAAGGAUAAGGAUACUGUAGUAAACAAUGAACAUUCAGUGGAUACAAAGGAUAAGGACAACACUCUGAACGCCAAAACAACAUUUCACGAUGCGGGCCAGAGAGUACUUGCAAAUGUGGCGAAGUCGAAGGCCGAGAGGGAGAAGGAAAGGGAGAGAAAAAUUGGACACAGGCGGGUAGGGGUGGGUGGAGAGAUCACCUACAAGAAGAUCCAAACUAGUCAGAUUAUGGGAUCUAUUCAGUUAGGUAUUCAGCACGCUGUAGGAGGAUUAGCGUCGAAACCAGAGAGGGACUUGUUGAUGCAGGAUUUCAUGACGGUGGAAACGACAAAUUUCCCAAGAGAAGGAUCAAACCACACCCCCGCCCACCACUACUCGGAAUUCAAGUUCAAAAAUUACGCCCCCAUAGCAUUCAGAUACUUCAGAGAUCUAUUUGGUAUUCAGCCUGAUGACUUUCUUAUGUCGAUGUGUGAUACUCCUCUACGAGAAUUGUCAAAUCCUGGAGCCAGUGGUUCUAUAUUUUAUCUAACUAGCGAUGAUGAGUUCAUUAUAAAGACUGUUCAACACAAGGAGGGGGAAUUUUUGCAGAAACUUCUGCCAGGGUAUUAUAUGAAUCUCAACCAGAAUCCUAGGACACUGUUACCGAAGUUCUUCGGUCUGUAUUGUUAUCAAUGUAAUAGUAAGAAUAUAAGAAUGGUAGUAAUGAAUAACCUGUUACCCACCUCUAUACAUAUGCACCAGAAAUACGAUCUCAAAGGAAGCACCUACAAAAGAAAGGCAUCGAAAGCCGAGUGCCAAAAAAGGACCCCUACUUACAAAGACUUAGAUUUUAUGGAGCAUCACCCAGAGGGCAUUCUUAUGGAGGCCGAUACAUACAAUGCAUUGAUCAAGACGAUACAGAGAGAUUGCCGGGUGUUGGAGAGUUUUAAAAUUAUGGACUACAGUCUUCUACUCACAAUACAUAACUUGGAUCUUGCACAAAAAGAGAGAGCGGAGAGGCGAUCGCAGAUGAACUUGGACGAUUUGCCAGACGAGGGUGCGCCUGUCGAUCCUACCGUAGGUUUCAUACAGGGCGAGAGGUCGCGCGAGAAAGAGGACAGGAUGGGAGUAGCCGCUCUCAAUCGCAGCAAAUCGAUCAACAGACAGAGGCUGGUCGCCCAUUCCACUGCCAUGGAAAGUAUCCAGGCCGAGAGCGAGCCGAUCGACGAGGACGAGGGAGUCCCACCUGGAGGUAUUCCGGCAAGGAAUUCUAAAGGUGAAAGGCUCUUGUUGUUUGUUGGAAUCAUAGACAUAUUGCAAAGUUAUAGAUUGAAGAAAAAAUUAGAACAUACGUGGAAGAGUAUGAUACACGACGGAGAUACAGUAUCAGUACAUAGACCUAGUUUUUAUGCAAGUAGAUUUCUGAAAUUCAUGGCGGAGAAUGUAUUCAAGAAGAUUCCUUCACGUGCAGUAGUGGUUAAUGCUAGAAGAAUAAAAGCUCUAAAGCAUUCCCCAUCUAAGAGAAAAUCACUCUCGAGGCCCCUGCGCUCCCAUGAGGACGACAUUAACACACCCUCUCAGGCGCAGGGAAAUUCUAGUCAGCAAAACGGAAACAAGACUGCCAGCCCCCUGGACUCCUCGGCACCCACGAGAACCUCCCCUCCCGGCCAUUACCCUCCCGUCACCGCCUCCACCCCUCACACGCCCCUAACCUCGCCGCCCGUCUCCUCGUAUCCGGCCAUCCUGGUCGGGCGACCGACCGCGGAGAACAAGCCCAAAGUGCCGCCCCCGGUGCCUCCAAGAGGAACCCCCAAAACGAAACGGGGCGGGAUUGUUGUUGGAAAAGGUAUAGCGCAAAGCUGCUGCAGCACGCCGCCCCCGACCUUCGACGAGGUCCUGGAGCAGCGAGCCUCCGAACCUCUAGAGUCCACGGGAGCGACCCCGGCCAGGAGGUACCACCACCAUCACCACGGGAGUCACGGCUCGCACUCCUCCCACCAGAGCCACUACCACGCCUCCGUCAGAACAUACAGAGAUGAUGCCGUCAGCAUAAACGACAUAAAGCUAGAGUCUCGUGCCGAAACCAAGUCGUCUCUAAGUGUGGAGUCUGGGAGUUCGAGCGGAGCUGGCCACUCCAGCCAUUCCAGGGGGGGCUUGACGUGGACACCUCCAGCGUCCGUUGAAGGAUCGACCCCGACGUGGACAGAAGGUACUCCUUCAUUCACAGAAUCUUCCAGUAGCGGGGAUAUGGGGUGUCCGACAACGCCGCUCCGUCAAAGCUCCAACAGCCCUUCGACGUCGGUGUCCCACCACAAGAAGACGGUCGAACACGCCAUCACCUGUCUCACCUCGGAAAUGGAACAACUGAAGACACGUGUGGAUGACGAUUACCAGUGAUAGAACACAGAAUGUAAUAGCACACUGAUGCCGCAUAUCAUCAUUGUUGUUUGUGCUUUCUUGUGAAAGACGUUAUUGCAUCAUCAUCCUUCGUGAUACCUACAUACUAGCGAUAUGUUCUUUGUGAUAUGAAGUUUUUGUCUAAUAAAGCUUGGGAGAAAAGAAAGAGGAAAUCCGAAGCGAAGAUACAAAAAACGUAAACAUAAAAAGUACAUAAAACAGAAUCUCAUCCUUCUAUUUAUUAAUGAUAGAAAAACAUACUCAUCUAUAUGAACGUAUAACCAAAAUACGUAAUGUCAAAGUUUUAUUACUUUUUUCAAGAAAAAAUAAUUCAACUAUAAUUAUCUCUUCAACUUUCCUCUUUCGAAGCCCGGUCUAUUUGGUUUUUAUUUAUAUUAACUUGAGUUGAUGCUGUGCUUGUUAAAAAAAUUAAAAUGAAUACAACGUUGAUUUUUCAUAUUUUAGAGUUUUCGAAAAACAGUUUUCGUUGCUAAAUGGAGAGAUUGGCAUUUUAAAUGAAGGUCAAGUUGAGCAAACCUUCAUGAGAUUACCUUUGAUUUAGGCAAUAUGAAAAAAAAAAUAGGAAAAAGUCAGACCGAGAAAUUUGUUGGUUUUAGUUUAGAGUUGUGCGUUUAGUAGUGCGAAAAGCAGAUGUUUCGAGAAUUAAAUAAGGCAAGUUUCACAUUGGCUUGAAUUUGAAAUAUGUUCGUUUGUAAACAUUCCAGUUGCAAUAAUUGGUUGCAAUAAAUUCCCUAUGUAUUUAACCGAAUAAGAUUAUCGAUGUAUGGGGCACUCUUAUCAUUUUAGCCAGAUGAAUUAAACAGUUUUUAAGAUUUCAUUUAGUUUUUAUAUUAAUUUUUUAUCUACAUGUUUUAGAAAGACUUAUGUGUCUAGUCUGGAUAUUUAUUUUACUCUUUACUCUGAACCUUUUAUUUAUAUUAUUCACAACAGUAUUAUAAAUUGAUUAUCAACAUUAAGCCUUAUUUCUGUCUUUACCUCUUUGUUCUGAUGUUGAAAACUUGAAUAGUGAAUGUUAACAAUAAACUGUGUACAUUUUCAAGUAUUGUAUAUUCUGUACUUACCGAGGUGGGUUUCCAAAAGUAAAAUUAUCCUAACGUGGUGAAGUAGAUAGUUUUGUUUAAUUAUUAAUAUAUUAUAGAUAGUUUUCAUAGCAACCAGAUUAAAAAUGAUGAUGAAGGUUUUCUUAAAAUUAUGUAAAGAAAAAGUGUGGAAUUUUAAUUUUCGUAAAUUUUGGUUAGGUUUUUGAUAUCGAUAUUUGAGAUUUUCAACUGAAAAAAAUAGAAUUAUAUAGAGCUAAUUGAUUGAUUAUGGAUCCGAUAUGCAAAUAUUCAUGUUUUUUUUAAUACUGAGGUAUCCUUUGGAAGUAUUCAAUGUAUUAUUUUAUUUAUGUACAUAAGCUGUGUUCAUUUUAAGUAUUUAUAUCUAAAUUAAAUAUUGUACCGUUGUUUCCUAACAUUGAAAUCUGGUUCCUAUGAGCUCUGUAAAUUUUGGCUCAGGUUUGAACAUUGUGUAUAUCUGUAAAUGUGAUCAAAUAUAUAGCGACAUCUAAUGCAGCAGUUGUAGAUGGAGAUUAUUCGCUAGUUUUGGGAUAAAACGAAUUUUUUAUAUGAAUUGUUAUCAUUCUUGUGAUCUGACAAAAAUCUUAUUGUUUCUGAAAUGCUUAGUGGAGUUUCGCUUCUACAAUAUAAAUAUUUCAACAUGA